AUGGUCUCAUUGAAAAUAAAAAAAAUUUUACUCCUGGUGUCAUUGUUAAAUGCAAUCGAGGCCUAUAGUAACGAUACAAUAUAUUCAACUUCAUACAAUAAUGGAAUAGAAAGCACACCCUCAUAUUCAACAUCCGCGAUAUCCAGUACCGGAUCUAGCAACAAAGAGAAUGCAAUAACAUCAAGCUCUGAAACCACCACAAUGGCUGGCCAAUAUGGUGAAAGUGGAAGCACAACAAUAAUGGAUGAACAAGAAACUGGUACGUCCAGCCAGUAUAUUAGUGUGACGACGACAACGCAAACUUCUGACACGAUGUCAUCAGUAAAAAAGUCUACGGAAAUAGCGACACCAAGUAGUAGCAUUGUACCCACCCCUUUGCAGUCCUAUAGCGAUGAAUCACAAAUAUCACAAACGCUUAGUCACAAUCCGAAGUCCGUGGCGGAGUCAGAUAGCGAUACAACCUCCUCGGAAUCCUCAAGUAGCGUAAUAAUAUCCACAUCCGAUAGUUCAGCGGUACCGAGGGAAAUAAGUCCAAUAAUAACCACAGAUUCUCAAAUUUCCAAAGAAGAAGGCACAUUGGCUCAAACUUCCAGUAUCAGUGAAACAACGAGAAUUGCACAAAUGGUAACCAGAGUUUCACAAAUCUCCAGCAUAACGGCAGCUUCAACAAUAGAUGGCUUUAGUAGUGAAUCAACACAAACAGAUUUUUCCAACACUGUAUCGUUUGAAAAUUCAGUCGAAGAAGAAUAUGCCAUGAGCAAAUCCCAGCUCUCUGAAAGUUACAGUUCAAGUUCAACCGUCUAUUCUGGAGGGGAGUCGACUGCAGACAAGACAUCUAGCUCCCCCAUUACCAGCUUUUCAUCUUCUUAUAGCCAAACAACGUCAACUGAAACCUCUGAGAGCAGCCGAGUGGCUGUUGGAGUAUCCCGGCCCUCUAGCAUAACGCAAACUACAUCAAUUGAUAGUUUUAGUAUGAGUGAAGUAGAGCUUUCCACAUAUUAUGACUUAAGUGCUGGCAACUAUCCUGACCAAGAACUGAUUGUCGAUCGCCCGGCCACUUCUUCCACUGCCGAAACAUCUUCAGAGGCAAGUCAAGGUGUAAGCCGUGAAUCUAACACUUUCGCAGUAUCUUCGAUUUCCACGACAAACUUUAUAGUUAGCAGUGCUUCGGAUACUGUUGUUUCAACUUCAAGCACCAAUACAGUGCCAUACAGCUCUGUCCAUUCAACCUUUGUUCAUGCGACUUCCUCGUCGACUUAUAUUUCUUCUUCCCUUUAUUCUUCCCCAUCCUUAUCUGCAUCCGUUUCCUCUCACUUUGGCGUUGCUCCUUUUCCAUCUGCUUACAUAUCUUUCUCAUCAGUACCCGUUGCAGUAUCCUCGACGUACACGUCUUCACCAUCGGCUUCUGUUGUAGUACCUUCUGCCUAUGCGUCUUCACCAUCAGUACCCGUUGCAGUAUCCUCGACGUACACGUCUUCACCAUCAGCACCUGCUGCAAUAUCCUCAACGUACACGUCUUCACCAUCGGCACCUGUUGCAGUAUCCUCGACGUACACGUCUUCACCAUCGGCACCUGCUGCAAUAUCCUCAACGUACACGUCUUCACCAUCGGCACCUGUUGCAGUAUCCUCGACGUACACGUCUUCACCAUCAGCACCUGCUGCAAUAUCCUCAACGUACACGUCUUCACCAUCGGCACCUGUUGCAGUAUCCUCGACGUACACGUCUUCACCAUCAGCACCUGUUGCAAUAUCCUCAACGUACACGUCUUCACCAUCGGUACCUGUUGCAGUAUCCUCGACGUACACGUCUUCACCAUCAGCACCUGCUGCAAUAUCCUCAACGUACACGUCUUCACCAUCGGCACCCGUUGCAGUAUCCUCGACGUACACGUCUUCACCAUCAGCACCUGCUGCAAUAUCCUCAACGUACACGUCUUCACCAUCAGUACCCGUUGCAGUAUCCUCGACGUACACGUCUUCACCAUCAGCACCUGCUGCAAUAUCCUCAACGUACACGUCUUCACCAUCAGUACCCGUUGCAGUAUCCUCGACGUACACGUCUUCACCAUCAGCACCUGCUGCAAUAUCCUCAACGUACACGUCUUCACCAUCGGCACCCGUUGCAGUAUCCUCGACGUACACGUCUUCACCAUCAGCACCUGCUGCAAUAUCCUCAACGUACACGUCUUCACCAUCGGCACCCGUUGCAGUAUCCUCGACGUACACGUCUUCACCAUCAGCACCUGCUGCAAUAUCCUCAACGUACACGUCUUCACCAUCGGCACCUGUUGCAGUAUCCUCGACGUACACGUCUUCACCAUCGGCUCUUGUUGUCCUGUCAUCUACUUCCACAUCCUCUCCAUAUGAUAUUGUUUACUCUCCAUCAACUUUUGCUGCCAUAUCAUCCGGUUACACGCCUUCACCUUCUGCUUCUGUCGCCAUGUCAUCUACUUCCUCAUCCUCUCCAUAUGAUAUUGUUUACUCUCUAUCAUCUUCUGCUUCCAGAUCGUCCAUUGCUACAUAUGAAUUUUCACCUUCCCCAUCUACUUCUUUACCCACCUCUUCUACUUACACAUACUUUUCAUCUGCUUAUGCGUUUGAAUUUUCUUCUGAGCGGUACUCAACAACAUCCACAAUAGCACCAACUCAAAUACAUAGCACAUUGUCCAGGAUUACGGAUUUCUUACUGCAGACUUCGAUGGCAAUCCAAAGUAUAGUCUCUCAGCAAAUUUCUACAAGCUCAACUUUAAAUGACGAAAUACAUUCAAGCGCGCUUUCCGUUUUCAACCCUUCAGCUUCGAAUUUGGUUGAAACUUCUCUGAUAAUUUCAUCGACCCAAGCAAGCAUAACAAGCCCCAAAAACUCAGCUAAAAUUAGUUCACUACAGAGCCAGCUGUCUAGCAGUACAAAAAAUCCAUACGAUACGGCGAACAAGAAUACUGAGACCAGUGGCAGAUCCACAGUUGUUUCGAAUUUCCUAUACACAUCUUCCGCGGCGAAACCAGACAAUGAAAAGUUUUCCGCUACUCCUACAGAGAUAACUACAAUUUCAAGUAGCUCGCACGCAUAUUCUUUAUCUAUUCCAAGUUCUCAUAAUUCUGUGACUGGACUAUCACAUAACUUUGUCGAUUCGUCAAAAAGUGCAACCUCAUUUGGCUACUCAUCCUCAUCAAUAUCUUCAAUAAAACUUUCAAAAGAAACAAUACCUGCAAGUAAAUCUGUUUCAAACACACAAGAAAGAAUCACAAGCUUUACAUCAACAUUACGAGCAAAUAGUCAGUCUGAAAAAUCCGAAGGGAGGAAUUCUGUAGGUUCUUUACAAAGUUCACAUAUUUCAUCUAACCCAUCGCUCUCCACAAAUACAAAGGUUGAUUCGAAAAGUUUAUCCAGGAAAGUAUCGAAAACCAUGGGCGAAAAUGGCGAGGAAACCGGCUUAACCACAACAAAGACGCAAUACAAAAGUUCUUCUGAAACCAGUGGGUCAUAUUCUCGGUCUUUUACAAAAAUCUCAAUUGGACCUGCUACGACUGCAGUUCAAACUCAGGCAAGCACUAAUUCAGUAUUCACAGCCCCUGCCUUGUCUACCUAUCCUACUACUCCGUACCCCUCUCCAAAUAGUUACGCAUGGUUACCUACCGCUAUUAUAGUGGAAUCAUCCGAAACGGGCCCCACUACCGCAUCAUUCAAUCCGUCAAUCACUGGUUCACUUCCCAAUGCAAUUGAACCGGCCGUCGCUGUAUCGGAACCCAUUAACCACACUUUAAUUACCAUCGGAUUCACGGCCGCUUUGAAUUAUGUAUUUUUGGUUCAAAAUCCAUUAUCUUCGGCUCAAAUCUUCAACUUUUUACCUCUCGUUUUGAAGUAUCCCUUUUCAAACACCUCAUCAGAACUGGACAAUAGUAUUGGGGAAUUAUCCACUUUUAUUCUUUCAUACCGGUCUGGGAGCAGCACAACUACCCUUUCCCCAAAAUCCAUAUCAUCAUUAUCAGUUGUCAAGAAAAAAAAAAACCAGCAGAAAAAAAAUGCCACGAAGUCAACCGAGGACUUACAUCCUCCACAAGUCGACACAUCCUCAAUAGCGGUGAAAAAGAUUGUUCCCAUGGUAGACUCUUCUAAGGCAUACAUUGUAUCAGUUGCAGAGGUAUAUUUUCCAACAGAAGCCGUAACAUAUCUUCAGCAAUUAAUCCUUGAUGAAAAUUCGACUCUUUAUAGCAAUCCUCAAACCCCACUGCGAAGUUUAGCUGGUCUAAUAGAUAGUGGGAUCCCAUUAGGGGGAUUGACGUUAUAUGGCUCUGGAGAUGGUGGUUAUGUCCCUAGUUUAACCUCAUCAAGCGUCUUGGAUUCUUCAAAAGGAAAUUCCCAAAACAUAGAUGGAACUUACAAGUAUGGAGCUUUGGAUGACUUUAUCAAUUCAUUCACAGAUUCUGCAUCUGCAGGAAAGUAUGCUGUAAAAAUAAUCAUCUUUUUGAUUGUUUUAACUAUUGGCGUACUCUUGUGGUUAUUCGUUGCAUUUUUUGCUUUCCGUCAUAGAAAUAUAUUAUUGAAAAGACACCCAAGGAACUGCAUAGGGAAAAGCCUCAAUAAUGAGAGGGAACUUGAAAGUACCGAGCUUUCCCGCUCUUCUUCUGGAAACCAAGUUUAUAAUGAAAAGCCGCCAGAAUCUGAAAAUGAAAGUGUUUACUCUGCGGUAGAUGAUCAUUAUAUUGUGACUGGCGAAAACACAGUCUAUAAUACUAUUCACAGAUUACAUUAUACCAUUAAUGAUGACGGUGAUCUAUUGUACAGGGACGCAAUCCCCCUCGAUUUUGAUCAAACCAAUGGGGAUGAUGGUUCGGGAAUAGACAGUAUAGUAAGAGACUGCGUGUAUGACAAAAACCAAGAUGCUACGGAAGCCUUCUUGAAUGAUGAGGAGUCCAUAUCAGGCAUUCUAGAUGUUGAUGAAAAUGGUGAUAUUCGAUUAUACGACAGUUAUUCUGACAAUGAAGAGUCAAACAGUUUUCACUUGCCAGACGAAGUUAUUGAAAACUAUAACAAGAACCAUUUGUGCGAAACUAAACUUCAUGGACUAGGCACUGAAUCAUGUACUACAGAUGAUCCCGAUACUGGAAAUCAAAUUACGAAUGAGUUUUCUACAGGGAGUCAGACAUGUUUGCCAAGUACCGCUUAUACCACACCCCUUCAUACAAAUUCGAUUAAACUUCACACAUUACGCUACACAGAAUCUUCACUACCAAAGCCAAAUCAGACUCUUUUCUCUAAUCUUGAAGAUUUAGAAAUAGAGGAUAUUGACGACAAUGGUAGUGUUUCAGAUGUACAUAUCGAGGAGCUGGAUGCUUUAGACGAAGAACUUUAUAAGAGAAUGUCGAAAGUUAUAAAACAACAGAACCAUCAAACGACAAAAAUAUAG